AUGAAUGAGAGCGCAACAGCGAACGAGAGUGUGGCGCGAUUCCCCAUGGCCUCGUGGGUAGAAGCCGGAGCCUUCAGCGGAAACAGCAGCCUGGCGCUUUCCUCAUCCUCUUUGCUUCUUGACUUUCCCAUAAACCCAUGGGACAUUAUACUGUGCCUCUCAGGGACUGUGAUCGCAUGUGAGAACGCCAUCGUGGUGGCGAUCAUCUUUUAUACGCCGACUCUUCGCACUCCGAUGUUCAUCCUGAUCGGAAGCCUUGCGACUGCUGACCUGCUCGCGGGAGUGGGACUGAUCUUGAACUUUGCGUUCCAAUACUUGAUCUCGUCGGAGACGGUCAGCCUGAUCACAGUCGGUUUCCUCGUAGCCUCCUUCACAGCCUCGAUCAGCAGCCUGCUGGCCAUCACCGUGGACCGCUACUUCUCUCUGUACAACGCGCUCACGUACCUGUCGGAGAGAACGUUGCACUGCGUGCACUUGAUGCUGCUGGGCGCGUGGGGAGCGUCGCUGGGCCUCGGCGUGCUGCCGGUGCUCGGCUGGAACUGCGUGCAUGAUCCGGCCUCCUGCAGCGUCGUGCCGCCGCUCACGCGCACCAACGUGGCAUUCCUCUCUGUGGCCUUCUUCACCAUUUUCGUCCUCAUGCUCGGCCUCUACUGCAAGAUCUGCAAAAUCGUGUGCCGCCACGCGCACCAGAUAGCGCUCCAGCGCCACUUCCUCGCGCCGUCGCACUACGCCGCCACCAAGAAAGGUGUCUCCACGCUUGCCAUCGUCCUGGGCACGUUUGGCGCGAGCUGGCUGCCCUUCGCCAUUUACUGCUUGGUAGGCGAGCCCAAGGACCCGGCCGUAUACACGUAUGCCACACUACUUCCAGCCACCUACAACUCCAUGAUCAACCCGAUCAUCUACGCGUACCGCAACACCGAGAUCCAGCGCUCGCUCUACGUACUUUUCUGCGGCAGCGGGCGCACCGACGUGUCCUGUCGUUCCAGAUCACCGAGCGAGGUCUAG